UUGAAGGCAAUACCCGUUUUUUAUGCUUGCCGAAACUCUCUCGCAACACAUUGCAGUCUCCAGCCGAAAUUCCUCCAUCUCUCCCUCUCUCCCUCUCUCUCUCUGCGCGAGUGUUCAGAUCUACUACAGUCCACAGAGAAAAGCGGCCAUGGCGGCUCCAGACCAUCUGUUUGGUCUCCGAAACAACUUCUACUUGGGAGCUUACCAGGCUGCCAUUAAUAACAGUGAUAUUCCCAAUCUCCCUACAGAUGACGCAGUCGAGAGAGAUUGCCUCGUUUACAGAUCUUACAUUGCCCUCGGGAGUUAUCAGCUCGUGAUCAAUGAAAUUGACUCAUCGGCUCCUACUCCUCUCCAGGCGGUCAAAUUGCUUGCCUUAUAUUUAUCUGGUGCUGAUAACAAGGAAUCUACAAUUUCGAGUCUCCAAGAAUUGUUAGGAGAUGCUGCUAUUGGAAGCAACCCUACACUACGGCUGAUUGCGGGGAUCAUAUACAUGCACGAGCAGGACUUCAAUGAGGCUCUGAAACAUACCAACGCUGGAGGCACUAUGGAACUAUACGCACUAAAUGUUGAAAUAUACCUGAAGAUGCAUAGAUCUGAUUUUGCGGAGAAACAGUUAAGGAUCAUGCAACAGAUUGAUGAGGACCAUACUCUGACCCAACUUGCAAGUGCAUGGUUAAACUUGGCAGUGGGUGGUUCGAAGAUACAGGAAGCAUAUCUCAUCUUCCAAGAUUUCUCUGAGAAGUUUCCAAUGACUGGGCUGAUCUUGAAUGGGAAGGCUGUUUGUUGCAUGCACAUGGGACGUUUUGAUGAAGCUGAAACCUUGUUGCUUGAAGCACUAAACAAGGAUGCAAAGGAUGCUGAAACUCUGGCCAAUCUGAUUGUAUGCAGUCUGCACCUUGGAAAAUCAUCAUCUCGUUACCUGAGCCAAUUGAAGCUCUCACAUCCUGACCAUACGCUCGUCAAACGUAUUUCAGCUGCCGAAGAAAGCUUUGACAGAGCUGUUCAAGCAAAUGCUUGAGUCUUGUGGGCUUGUUAAUACGCUGCAGAGUUGCAUUAUGCUUGCCCUAUAGAGUAUAGACAUCUAUCCCUCCCUCCCCUCUGUAUUUUCUUUCUACUUAUUUGUGUUGUCACAGUUGAUAGCAUUAGUAAGUUUUUCUCGUUUUUACUUUUCAUCCUUUAAUUGAAGUUGUAACUGCUCGACUGGUGGUUGAUUUUUAAGUUAACAGCCUGAUAUAUUCAUUUAUGUUUAAGAAAGUUCUGCAACAUCAAAUCUAAAUGGGCGAGACAGAGAUGCUUGCUUGUA